AUGCACCAACACCAGCAGGUCCACAGUGAGUGGGUAAAUGGAAAGAUGUUGGGUGAAAUGACGUGCGUGAAGAAGAGACUUACUUUCGACAUCAUAGCAGAAGUUGCUUCUAAGCAGACUGACCUUAUGUACAUUAUCGACAGUGAUUUGAGUUCGAGCAUUUCUGACUUUACGGAGAGUUCAAGCUUCCCUUCACCUCAGUUGCAAGCAUCAAUGCCGAUUCCAGACUCGCUUUACAUUAUUCUCAAUGAAUGUUACACACAUCGCCAUCCCUUCCUAGAUGAUAGUGCAAUUCUCGUGGCGCCGGAUGUGCUCGGAAAUCCUCUGUCUCCACAUAUCUCUGAUUUGCUCUUCCAAUGCCCUUGA